GCCUGGCAACAAUCGGCACUGUGACAACCAAUGGCGACUCAAGAUUGUAAAAUGGUUUCAUGUCCCACGAAUGUGAUACUGAAGUGGCUUGAACAUCUGAACAGUUCCUGGGCCUUGGAAGACAGCGAGUCUGCAGCCACAAGGGAAGGUGCCACAGCAUUAUAUGAAAAGCUGCUCAACAACAAAGAAGUGGUCGGAGUAUCUCAGCAGGCACAACACCUAAUAGGCCCUCGACUGCCAGAUUUCGAGCAUGAGUCUUCAGCUGUGGAAGAACGUGAGCAGUAUCUCUCUGCACUGCUCAACAGCCAACAAAAUUUGGCUCGGAUAGUCUUUGGAAAUUCGCCUUAUGCUGUAGCCUUGCAUAAGCGAUUAGUAUCGCUUCAAAGAAUCUUCUAUGCACUUUCUAACAAAUACCAUGAUCGGUUUAGAUCAGGGCAGCAAGUACAAAGGCAGAGUUCGGACAGCAGAUUGGAUCUGAGAGAUACAUUGGCCAGGAAUACCAGAGUAAAAUCAGGUACUGAUGUUCUAAUCGAGCUGGGAGUGAAGACUGGCCUAAGCCUACUGUUUGCACUAAUUCAACAAAACUGGCAACAAUCGAAGCUGGAUCCAAGCUUGAGCCUGUGCAAUGAUGUUUUGUGUACAGCGUGCACAAUUAUCAAUUCUCUACCUCCGCUUUCUCUAGCAAACGAAAAUAAAAUUCCGCAAGUCGGUCUGGACUGCCUCACGCAAGUGACUAUGUUUCUGAAGAAGAUGACCAUGCCCAGUUCUGGGGCUGACAGUGAGGGACGAAGAUUGGCUUCAGAGCUCCUGUUAGGCCUUGCAGUGCAGCGUGGCUCCUUGAAGUUCCUGCUGGAAUGGAUUGAAGUAGCAUUGGCUGCUUCAGCAGCUGCUGCUAAUGCUCAUUUUGCACCAGAUAAAGAAGGAAUGAUCGGACAUGAUUGUUUUUUAAAAUCUUUGGAGCAACUGAAGCAUUCUUCAAAUAUGUGUGUAGAUUACCUUCAGAAUCAGGAGCUGAAGAAGACUCCAAAUGGUCUGUGUUCUCUUGCUAAUGCUGCAGUUUGUGUUUUUGAAGAGAUUUGCAGGCUAGCCUUAGACUGCCUGUGCAGCACCAGUUCACAUAACUCUCAGAGCCGAGAGAGUGAGUCCAGUACAGUAUACGUUUGGGGUAGCAACAGCAGCCAUCAACUCGCAGAAGGAACACUGGAAAAAAUAUUGCAACCCAAAUUAGCACACGGGUUUGCCAAUGCUCAGACGAUUGAGGCUGGACAAUACUGCACAUUUGCAAUUUCCGACGAUGGUUCUGUGAAAGCUUGUGGAAAGGGGAGUUAUGGCAGACUCGGCUUAGGAGACUCUAACAAUCAAUCUGCACCAAAAAAGCUGACCUUUGAACCUCAUCGCAGCAUCCGGAAAAUCUCCUCCUCUAAAGGCUCUGAUGGUCACACGUUAGCUGUGACUACUGAGGGAGAUGUAUUCAGCUGGGGAGAUGGUGAUUAUGGAAAGCUGGGGCAUGGAAACAGUGCAACACAGAAAUAUCCUAAGCUGAUUCAAGGACCAUUAUUAGGAAAGAUUGUGGUCUGUGUGUCUGCAGGCUACAGGCAUAGUGCAGCAGUUACAUCUGAUGGAGAGCUUUAUACCUGGGGAGAGGGUGACUUUGGGAGACUUGGACAUAGUGACAGCCAUAGCCGUAAUUUGCCAGCUCUUGUCAAGGACAUCAGCAGUGUUGGUCAAGUAGCCUGUGGCAGCUCUCAUACCAUCGCUGUGUCUCAGGAUGGACGAACAGUGUGGUCAUUUGGAGGGGGAGACAAUGGUAAACUUGGUCACGGGGACACUAACCGAGUCUACAGGCCAAAGGUAGUUGAAUGUUUGCAGGGAUUGUACAUCAGGAAGGCGUGUGCUGGGAGCCAGUCCUCACUUGCAUUAACGUCUGCUGGACAGGUGUUUGCUUGGGGCUGUGGCUCUUGCCUGGGAAGUGGUUCUUCAGAGACUACUGCUCUUAGACCUCGACUAGUCGACGAGCUAAAUUCAACCAAAAUCAUUGACAUUUCCUGUGGAGACAGCCAUUGUUUAGCUCUAACACACGAUAAUGAUGUUUUUGCUUGGGGUAAUAAUGCAAUGGGCCAGUGUGGGCAAGGACACACAUCAACACCAAUCUCUAAACCGAAGAAAGUGAUUGGUUUGGAAGGAAUUCCUAUUCAGCAAAUAACAGCUGGAACAUCCCACAGCCUGGCCUGGACAGCUGCACCUACAGACAGGCAAUUGGUAGCCUGGCACAGGCCUUUCUGUGUUGAUCUGGAAGAAAGUACCUUUACUUACCUUCGAACAUUUUUGGAACAGUACUGUGAUGGUAUUAACAGUGAGGUUCCACCACUGCCUUUCUCCUCUCAAAGAGAACACCAUCACUUUGUGUUCCUUUGUUUAAAGCUGCUCUCCACUCAUCUGUCACUGGCUCAAGCUGGAGGUACUGGAGCUGCUGUUCUUGGGCAACAGGGAAAACCAUUGAGAAACCUGCUCUUUCGAUUAAUUGAUUCCGAUGUCCCAGAUUCUAUCGAAAAGGCAGUCAACGAAACACUUUCAGUUGGUGCAUCCUUACUGUUGCCUCCUCUCAGGGAACGUACUGAAUUGCUACACUGUCUACUACCUCAAGGUCCAGAGAGAUGGGAGAGCUUAUCAAAAGGACAGAGAAUGCAGUUGGAUAUCAUACUGACGAGCCUACAAGACCAGUCCCAUAUCGCAUCCCUUCUUGGUUACAGCUCACCUGGCGACUUAACAGAAGGCCUUUCACAGGGCUACUGUUCAGAUCAGUGCUCACUCAAUUCAGGAAAUAUUGACCACUUUCACUUAGCAGAAAUCCUUUUGAAGACUCUCCUGAAGAACAUAGGUUUCUACACCGAACGGGCCUUUGGUGAAUUGGAAAAGAACAGUGAUAAACAACAAAAUAAUACAACCCAGACCGAAACUGGGCCACCUUCGCAUGUCCGUCAGCUGUUGUCUGCAAUGCAUAAACAUUUGUUGGCUCACUGUUACACAAACUCUGCUACUGAGGAUCAGUUAAGUAUAGCUUUGCUGCAUAAGCAUUUACACCUGUUGCUGCUGUACGCAGCAGAUACAUACAGGAGAUCUGCAGUGCUUCUGAAAGAAAGCUUCCUGGAUAAAAGUGUCACCGAAAAACUGCAUGGUAUUCUUUUCAACUCUGCUGCUGGAAGCAUUUUGUGUCAGGUCAUCUAUUCCCUUCUGUUGUUGCCGGUCAACAUGGUACGACCUUUGCUAGGCAAUCUCUUGGACCUGCUUCAACCUCUUGAUCGUCUUAACCGACUUUUGCCAGCUGCUAUGUUACUGGAAGAGCAAGAACUCGAAUGGGCGCUGCAUGACUCAGCAAACAAUUCCGAAGCAUCCAUUCCUGCAGAUGUGAGGUCUUGGAUUUGGCUUAUUGAUAUGGAGCGAACCAUUUCAUUCACUGUUGGCCAGUGUCUCGGGGAAAUGCUGCAAGGUCCUCCAUCUUCACCAGAAGAACACAACUCAGUGUAUUGGCUCCAAAACCAGCUCUUCAGCAACGGACUUGAAAUGGACUCUGAGCAACUUGAUGCGUACAUGCACUGUCUGAUUGGGAAGGCAUUGACUGGCUCUGCAGAACGCAAGUCCUUUGAGUUCCGAGUUGCUGAGGACAUUGCAGCACUUUUGGAUGUUGCGCUGGGUUCUUCUAUGGAGCCCGCAUAUAAAAUCUGGAGUAGGAUGCAAGCCUAUGCCACCAGUAGCGAAUGGGAAAACGGCGUGGUUGGAGAGCCUUUGUUGGACACAGUAUCCCGAUUUGUUCUUGCAGUUUUACUCAAGCACACUGGCUUAUUGCGAGAGGCUUGCAAAGACGACAGGUCUCAGCCCAGCGAGAGACUUGUGGAAGUUUAUCAAUGUGUCUACAAGGCAAGAAGCACUAUACUGGCUCAGAAGAACGUUGUCUAUAACACAGCAAAUGUCCAGCCUCCAAAUUGGUCCAGACAGUUUUCGGACAUCUCCGAUGAUAAUGCUGAGGAAGAACCGCAAGGAAGCACUUCUGCUGAGCAAGCUGAGAACAUUAGACAACCGGAAGAACCGCAGUUCAAUGUGGAAAGGGAAAUUGUGCUCCUAGAUACAGAGGAUUUUCCAAAGAUAAGCAAGGUUUUGGAGUGUUUCCUAGCUCGAAAAGCAGCCUGUCACCAUGAAAAUGAAACUGUUUAUGAAUAUUCGGGCACAAGUACCAGGCCGAGCAGUGCAGGCAGUGUGGACGUCCCAGAGGCUGAAACCGCUCAGAAGGAAAAACGAAAAGAUUCGACAGACCAGUACUCCUUUUUCUCCACAUGUCACUAUGUGAUAUCACGUUGUGCCUUCUUGAUCCUUGGAGUCAGAGCCAUGUGGCAGAAGAAGGGGUGGCUGGAAGAAGAGCCCACCUUGACUGAUCCUAUUCCACCAAGAAAAGUAGCUUCUGCACAAGAUGAGCAGACUUUCAGUAAUCGAUCCAGACUCAACCUCGGUGAAUCCAGUGCAAGGAAACAAGUGCACAAGGAACUUUCUGAAGGUCAGUUCAAAAUACAAUCAAGAUCAUCUGAACAAACACUAGGAUUGCAACUUUGUUCACUGGGAAUUAUGAAAGAUGCCUGGCAGCUGUUGAGACAGUGCAUUAGUCCAUCAGAGAGUGUCCACCCCACCUCUUUUGCACCUUUGCUGAAUGAUAUCUUCCAGUUUCUCUGUGGACACCUUGCUCGCACUUCAAACCUGGUAGAACAAGAAGCAGGCAAGGAGGCUGACCCUAAAGCAAUUAUUACAGCAAUGGGUCACCAGCAGCAAAGGGCAGAGCUUCGUCUUGAGGCUCUUUGCCAAAUUUCAUCUUUUCUCUCUGAAAUGGAGGGAAAAGGCCCCUGCUCAUCUGAGGUAUCAGGGCUGCCUUUAAAGUCGUCUGGCCUACUAAUGUCAGUCCAGUUGCAGUUUUUGACCGGCUGCUUUGAUCUGGGGACAGCAAACUCUGCAAAUAAUAAACAGAGUAUCGGAAAACUGCAGCAUUAUACGGAUGUGACCCAAGCUGCUCGUGGAACUACACAAACCGAGCUCCAGACUGGAGCCCACAAACUCUACCAGCAGUUGGUGUCCGCUCUGAAGAAGGGACUUGCGAGUGGAAAGGACCUCUCAGGAGCCCAGCAACAUCUUCUGUUGGCCACCAUAUUUGCCUUAAAUAUUCGCUACCAGCCUACUGACCUAUCGGUGGUCAUUAGCACUGGUCUCCUGGAAGCCCUUUCGAAGCUGACAAACUCCUGCCUUCUACUAAACCAACGCUGGCUGAUGGCUUCAGUGUCUGGCCAUUCCCAGCUGAAUGUCGCAUUAAAACUGGCCAGUGCCAGGCUUCUGCAGAUUUUAGCCAUAACUGCGAGUUCCUGUGCAGACAACUUGUGCCCUGAGGUGGUUCAAGCACCAAUGGAUGUGCUGUGCUGUCAGCUGCAAAAUUUCCUGCAUGCGAUGUGUGGAAAUCCAGACCGUGAAUUUAGUGGGGAAGGACCUGUAGAACAAUCAAGCAGUGAACCGGCAGCCAAACCAGAAAGUAAAGAUUGUGUUAAGGACAGAAGAAUUGUAGAAACCCAGUUGGGAGACUUUCUUGUUUUUCUGCGGCGGGUUAUCUCCUUCAAAAACAUUCAGAAGAAUAUGGUGUCUGUGAAAUGGAUUGAUCCACUGUUACUGAUAGCAACGCAGACUCACUCAACAGGUGUUCCAAUUGUACACAAUUUACGAACCAAGCUUUUGGCGUUACAUAUUUUGGAAUCCUUGUUGCCUGCCUGCACUGAAGAGAACCAGAUUAGGGAGACUUUGAAUCGACUCUUUAGUUCACUCUCUGCUUUUAUGUGGGAAAUGCCACUAGCUAUAAGCAAACGGGAACGAGAAAAGGCAAAAACAAAUGAGACUGAAGACAAAGAGGACGACAACAUUCCCAUUAAAGAGUUUUCAUUUGAUCCCGAUAAAAUGGUUUGCUGCGCGAUGGAAUCCGGAAAUGUGUUAUCUCAUGGAGCAGGAGGAAAAGGGUAUGGCUUAGCAACAACAGCAAUAACAUCUGGAUGCUUUCAAUGGAAGUUUUAUGUCAGCCGGGAGAAUAAAGGUAAUGAAGGUACGUGUGUUGGAGUGUCACGGUGGCCUAUCAGAGAUUUUAAUCAUCGUACAACAACAGACAUGUGGCUAUACAGAGCUUACAGUGGAAACCUGUACCAUGGUGGGGAACAAGCCUGUGUUCUACCCAGCUAUACACAGGGCGACUGUAUAACAUGUGUCCUGGAUGUGGAAGCCAGAACAAUUUCAUUUGGAAAGAACGAAGAGGAACCCAAGUUAGCAUUUGAAGAUGUUGAUGCCACUGAACUCUAUCCUAGUGUGAUGUUUUACAGCAGUAAUCCUGGAGAGAAGGUGGCGCUCUGCGACAUGCAGAUGCGUGGAAUUCCUCGAGACCUCAUGCCUGGUGAACCACUUUGCAGCCCUCUUAUAACUGUACUGGUAGAAGCCACCAUCCAGCUGAUCCGAAAACUCCACAGUUACGACAGCUGGACAUCCACCAUUAACCAGCAUAUGCUCAGCAGGCUUGAACUUAUUGGUCCAGCGGUGAAGGAGGCAAAAGCUUUUAAGCUGAGCAAAAGCCGAAGUAAACAUUCCUUGAAGAAAAUCAGCUCUGAAGAUAAAGAAAGGGUUCAGGAAGAAAAGCUCACUAGGGAAGAAGAUAAGGGCCAAGGCAUCACAGAUUUGGCUGAAAUGCAACUGAGAAUGUUGUGCAUGGAAGUGUGGCCUGUUCUGGCAGUUAUCGGUGGAAUUGACAGUGGACUACGAGUUGGUGGUCAGUGUUUGCAUAAAACUUCAGGACGCAAAGCAACCCUUCUAGGAGUUACAAAAGAAGGAAGCGCAUCUGCCCGACUACAAUGGGAGGAUGCAGAUGUAACCAUCAGUGACACACCCCUCUCCACACUUGAACCAUGCAAGUCCCAUCGAUUUGAUAUCGCCAAAUUCCAUGGUCUGAAGCCCUACAUGUUACUGGACCUGACGUACCUGACAGGAGUCCAUGAAGAGCCUGAAAAAUGUGGCAAAGGAGCACAAAGUAAGUGUCCCUCCGAGACAACAGUCAAGAGCGAUUUGGAAAAAAGUCUGGACGAAGAAAUAGCAAGAGUUAUGGCAGAGGAUGAGCACAAAGACCCAUCCACCGCAAUGAGCGAAGAAUCUUUACACAUCUUUCCUAGAGACUCGCAGGAUCGUAAUCAAGAAAACGAGCCACGAAAAAAUCGUGAAAAAAAAGUGGACCCUGAGUCAAAUGAAAGUUACCAGAGCUCACGGGACUGGAAUCUACAGAGUCACGAAUUGUUCCUGGCUGAGCUGCGUGCAGUGCAGCUGUCUUACCUGUCUGUUGGGGCCAUGAAAACCCUCAGUGUUCUCCUGAGUUACGGCAAAUAUGCAGACAUGCUUUUAGUUCCAAAUGUCACCCUAAGCAAUUCUUCUGAUUCCGAUUGUGCCAAAGCCUCGAGCUCCCAAGAUAUUGGGGAACUACGGACCGUCCUCCAUUUCUUAAUGAGGUGCAUGGUAAAGUGGGCAGUGCGUCCGUGCCCAAUCAAAAGGGUAGUUUCACUGGCUGAUCUGGAGCGCGCACAUGUCAUGAUCUUCAAAUGUGCACUGGAUUCCUUUGUGAAGGAUUAUGUUACCCAGGAGAGUAAAGAUGCUGCAGUAACAGACAACGUGAAACCUCAGUCACAAGCAGUGUCAAACUCAUCGAGUACGGUUUCUCUCUAUAGUAACUCCUCUGAGGAAAGUACUGGCAUCCCCUUCUCAAUGCCGGCUUCAAACUCUUCUUCAGCUACUAAUUUGGGUUCUUUAGUCUCUGCUAAUGGACUGGAAAAUUUUAAUCCCUUCUUGCCUAUCAAUGUCCUACAACAAAUGGUUUUUGUGCGAUUUCCCUCACUUUCUGGAUUGCUGAACAACCCUCUGUUACUCCCUGGGUUGAAUGUGGUAUCCACCACCUCUGAUGAUGGUGAACAAAGAAACUAUUUUUCAUAUCCUCCUGCUUCUACCAGACAGCAUAGUUCUCCUGAUUCCAGAAGCGAUCCUCCUGAGCAUCCACCUCCUGUUGCUGUCCCCUUGCUUGAAAUGGGCUUUUCUCUAAGACACAUCUGCUCAGCAGUUGAUGCUGCAGGAGUUUCUGGGGAUGCAGAUCCACAAUCAAUCGAACAACUGGCCAGCUGGAUGCUGGAACAUCCACUGACAGAAGAACAGGAAGUAAUUGUCUACUCCUCAGGAAAUCUAGACCAUGGUUUGGAUACACCCAUGGAGUCCGAGGUUAUAGUGCAUAAUCAAACAGCUGCCCUCGUGUCUCCUGGAGAUGUUGACAGGGAAGAUACAAUUGAAGGAACUACUAAUGGUUUGGAUCAGGUAGAGAGAGGAAACUUCAUAGAUGUACAUUUGACUAGAAAUAGGCCUCCACCUGCUCGAAGACACAGAGGAAACCAGGGACAACGAUCUUCAUUCAGAAGAGCUGGUUCCAGAUCCCCUCAGCUGGUGCAGCCAUCAUUAAGGAGGGAGCCAGGGACUGCAGGGUGGCAGGAGGCUGAUGCCAUGUCUGAUCGCAAUCUGGAGGGAGAACUGGAGCUGUGCUUUUCUGAGGACCCGCUAUCAGAAGGUUCUGUUGAAGAUAUGUUCCCUUCUGAAUGUGCUACUGAAAACGAGACUCAAGGCAUUUGGUUAUCUGAGAUGAUGGACUGGCCAAACAUGUGCCAAGAUAGCUCAGAGGCAGAGGAAGUAGUCGUUUGUGAACUAUGUGAUACUCAUACAUUGCAAUUCAACAAUCACAUGAAGAGACAUCACCCCGGUUGUGGAGAGAGUGCAGGCCACAUGGGAUAUCGCAGUAACGGGGCUUAUGUUGACGGCUGGUUUGGAGGAGAGUGUGGCACAGGGAGUCCCUACUACCUGAUGUGUAGCAGUUGCCGUGCAAAAUAUCUGGCAGAGAAACCUAAAAGCAAGCCAAUCAAAUUAAAUCGAAUAAAAGGAUUGGCGCCCGAUUUAAUCAGCAAGCAUGAAAAUAAUUUUGAAGAGGAAUGGGACAUGUUAGAUACUGAAGAAAAGGAGCGACUUACAGGACUGGAAGACUUUGCUGUGUUAGCUGCACCGUUGGGAUUGAACGACAGCAAAUUGAUUCCCGAUUCAGUCCAGUUCCCUGAUCAUGAUCCUCUUGGAGCAUCAGUAACCAGGGAAAGCAACACGGAGGACAGUCUUUUAAAGAAAGGUUUAACAGGUGCUGAAGAGAAGAUGUGCUCCAGACUGACUUUAGGGGAACAAGCUGCUUCUCUCCGGGAUACACAGGAAAGAAUUCUUGCUCUCCAGCGUAUCACAAUGGCAAUGCAAAUUCUUUUAGCACACACCAUGGUUAUGAAGGCUUUGUCAUUGAUUUCUGUGAGUGGAUCAGUAUGCAGUCAGUCCAGUGGCCUGGAAGCACUUGGGUUAACAGAUAUCCGUGUCUUGGUUCGAUUAAUGUGCCUUGCAGCAGCAGGAAGAGCUCAGUUGACAAAUGUUGGAACUGGACAUUUAUAUUCAAGCAGUCAUUUUCGACCUGAAAAAGGAUCAUUGUGGAAUACCAGCUCUUCUUUGACUUACAUGAGUUCUGCGAUUGGCUGUCUCGUGGCAAACAGUCCCACUGCUUACAGAGCUUUAGUUGAUGUCUGCACUCAGGAUUUGAUUGCUGCUGCAACAGGCCUAAAUAUAGGUGCAAUUCGUGACAUACAGCAGAAGAACAAGGUGCUUCACCUUUUCCACAGACCAGUAAAAGACAACAAACCUUCUGGCUCUCCCAACUUUCUGGUAACUCAGGCACUUGUAGCGCUGCUAACAGAAAAAGGUUUCCGGCAUCAAUCGAAUCGUGACAAAGAGGAGGCAGAUCCCAAAGAUGCUGCUCCAAAUACUUCCCCACCUGCUUAUCCUUAUUCAUCACCACAAGUAGGACCCUUAGAACUGGCAAAUGCACUUGCAGCAUGUUGUCUAUCUGGAAGAUUAAGUUCUGGGCAUCGCCAGUGGGCUGCACAACAACUCCUGCAAGCCUUGUCUACAUCUGAGAGGUACAACCAAUACAGGCCUCAAACCUACGCAGACCUGGCCGGGGACUUACGGAAAUGUCCUACUGUUAAGCUGGAAGCACAUGAAAACAGGGUCACAAGUUCUUGCUGGUCAGAUAACAAAGGUCUGUUGGCCACAAGUGCCCUGGAUGGAACCAUUCGACUUUGGAGUAUAACAAAAAACACAUUUGCUCUGAUACAGACUGUUUGCUUUAAAUCAUGUGAGGAAUCUGACAAAAUUCCAGGCACACCUACUAGUGACUUCAAUUUGUCGGCUGUAUACUGGAGUGCAAGUGGUGAGUUCCUGGCAACGUUUCAAGACCGAAUGGUCAACAUACUAGUGGUGAAUGGGAACCAAAUCCAGACAAAGCCUCAACAUUCGUGGGUAACUGCUUUGUCCUGGGCAGAUGUUCAGGCACCAUUUCUAAGCACAGGCAACAGUAGACAUGUUGAGAUUCUACUAGUGGGUCGACUGGAUGGAUCACUCAGCUGUAUUGAAGUCACAGAAAGUUCCGGUUAUGAUACCAUUGACUUGGUGCAUUGUCAGAGGAAAGAUGUUUCUGUCCAAUGCAUUGCCUGGUUUAGCGAAGAUAAGCCAUUUGCGGUUGGAUAUUCUGAUGGGAACAUUUUGCUCGGAACAAAGGAAUCGUAUAGCACAGAGGAGCCGGUGGUUCUCAAUUCAUUUCAGGAAAGUGUAACUGGCCUGAAGUGGGAUCCAACUGGGCAUCUGCUGCUCGCUGUUUCCAGAGAGGACAUGGUGAAGAUCUGGGGGAAAGUUGGCACCACCUGGUUUGCUCUCCACACUCUUUUCCAUUCUGCAUUGGUCAAUACAUCAACGUGGUGCCCUCUGCCAGGAAAAGGUCCAGAUCCCCGACUGAUGCUUGCAGUUGGUUGCCAGAAUGGUUUGGUUUAUGUUUGGACACUCCCACAAGCUGGUGCUGCUGUUUCAUUACCACAUCUCUUGCACUCCACUGAUGAACAAGAGAAACAAAGUGAGGAGAAGGUUCAAGUGCGAGGGAAAGUCAAGUGUGCAUUUCGUCUUAACGGCCACAUAACUGCGGUGAAGUCUGUGUCCUUUAGUUUCGAUGGACUGACACUUUUGUCUGGAGGAAUUGGCGGAUUAAUAAAUAUCUGGUCUUUGCAGGAUGGCUCGGUUUUACAGACAGUAGUCACAGGUUUAGGGUCUGUUGUCGGCAUAGCCUGGAUUCCAGCAAUUGGAGUAACAGCUUGCUCCAGCAGGUCUAAGGAUGUCCUUCUGAUCAGAUGUUCCCCAGAAUGGACCUCCCAACACCACAUCUUAGCAUCAUGUCGAAUGGCUCUCCGAGCACAGGGCAUUGUUGGAUUGAACAGGGCUCCAUGUAUGAAAGCUUUUCUUGAAAGGUUACCCAUGAUGCUACAAACCCAAUACUCGUAUGAAAAGCCACAUGUAUGCUGCGGAGAUCAACUGAUACACAGCACCUUCCUGCAAAGCUUGGCCUCCCUUACCGUAGGUCUGUGUUUGGACCAAUUGCUCUCCAGGCCAGUAGAGCCACCUCACCAUAAGCACACUGGGGAAGAUAUUCCUUCAACUGACUGGGGCUGGCUGGCAACAUUCUCUGUUACCAUCAAGAGUGCCGAAGCUCUGGCAAAAGGAUCGACCUUCCCAGAAAAAUUCAGCGUUCCAAAUCUUACUCCAGUUUUAGAGACUGAAUCUAUCAAAGCAAUGGACAAUAAUAAGUGGACUUACUUAAUGGAUGAGCAGCUCAUGGCCUGGGCAACAUCUAGACCAGAGGACUGGCAGCUUGGUGGGAAAAGUGAAGUGUACCUGUGGGGAGGUGGCCGGCACGGACAGCUGGCGGAUGCUGGAAACAGUGCUUUAGUGCCAACUCUCGCUCCGUCUUUAUCACAAGCUCUGCAGGUGGUAUGUGGCCAGAACUGUACGUUCCUAGUUCAAGCCAACGGGACAGUCGUGGCGUUUGGAGAAGGUAGUUAUGGUCGCCUCGGCCAAGGAAACUCUGAUGACCUUCAUACACCUACAGUCAUUGCAGCACUCCAGGGUUAUGUAGUGACCCAGCUAGUCACUUCUUGCGGAUCGGAUGGUCAUUCUAUGACUCUGACUGAGAGUGGUGAGGUUUUCAGCUGGGGAGAUGGUGAUUAUGGAAAGCUCGGGCACGGAAACAGUGAAAGACAGCGCAGACCAAGGCAGAUCGAGGCUUUACAAGGAGAGGAAAUUGUGCAACUGUCUUGUGGAUUUAAGCAUUCGGCCGUGGUAACAGUUGAUGGGAAACUCUUCACGUUUGGGAGUGGAGAUUAUGGAAGAUUGGGAUUGAGGAGUACAUCAAACAAAAUGCUUCCUGAGAGGGUGACUGCACUGGAGGAUUAUACUGUAGGACAGGUGGCCUGUGGCUUGAAUCACACCUUGGUUGUGUCGUCUGAUGGAAUGAUUGUCUGGGCGUUCGGUGAUGGAGACUAUGGGAAGCUCGGCUUAGGGGUUUGUACCGUGAAGUGCUGUCCCCAGAAAAUUGAAAGUCUCUGCAACAAAGGAGUGAAGAAAGUGGCUUGUGGAACCCAGUUUUCUGUUGUUCUCACAAAGGAUGGACACGUAUUCACUUUUGGGCAAGAGCGUCUCAUAGGCCUACCAGAUACCAUGCUGCGUAAUCACAAUCGACCCCAGCAAGUUCCUGCACUAGAAGGCUUGUUUAUUGAAGAUACCGUGGUGGGAUCCGAGCAUACACUUGCUUUGACCUCUACAGGUGAUGUGUAUGCCUGGGGUUGUAAUGCUGAAGGCCAGCUUGGUCUGAACCACACUAAUCAAGUAAGAGAACCAACACUGGUUACUAUACUUCAAGGUAAAAACAUCAAGCAGAUUUCAGCUGGGCGUUGUCACAGUGCUGCAUGGACCACUCCUCCACUUUCACCAAGAGCUCCAGGUACCACAAUUCCUGCUCAGCUUGGUGUACCUCAGGCGAUACCUCCUCAGUAUAGUACACUAAAAGAGUGCAGCGCUGAAACACUGACUAAUCGGCUGCGGGUUCUCUUUCACUUCUCUGACCUGAUGUACAAGUCCUGGAGGCUGUUGAAUCUCUCCUCUAGCAAUCAGAAUGUCAUAUCACGGUACAAUAUUGGAGCUUCAGCGAUAGCUCAAGGACGUUUACGAGGUCUUCUCUCCCCGAAGGUCAACAUUCUGCCAUUGGUUCGAUCGAUUGGAAGAACAAUGAUUCAGGGAAAGACUUAUGGGCCUCAGAUCACUGUCAAGAGAAUUUCUACGAGGGGAAGGUCGAGCAAACCAAUCUUCAUUCAGAUUGCCAAGCAAGUUGUGCAGCUCAACGCCUCAGAACUCAGACUUCCGUCACGAGCCUGGAAAGUAAAACUGAUCGGUGAAGGAGCUGAUGAUGCUGGUGGAGUGUUUGAUGACACAAUUACAGAGAUGUGCCAGGAAUUGGAGACUGGAGUGGUUGAACUACUGGUUGCAACCCCUAAUGGCACUGCAGAAGUUGGCAGCAACCGAGACAGGUUCUUACUGAACCCAUCAGCCUGCACUGAGGAACAUCUCCUGCAGUUUAAGUUUCUGGGAAUCCUGAUGGCUGUGGCCAUUCGCACCAAGAAACCAUUGGACUUGCAUCUCGCACCUCUGGUGUGGAAACAGCUCUGCUCAAUCCCUCUCACCACUGAAGACUUGGAGGAGGUUGAUUUACUUUAUAUUCGGAGUUUGUAUGGAAUCUUACAUCUGGACAAUAGUGGAAUUACAGAGGACAAUUUCCUGGAGAUGAUUCCUUUGGACUCUUUUGUUGGUCAGAGUGUUGAUGGUAAAUUAGUCCCCAUAAUUCCUGGAGGAAAUAGCAUCCCUUUGACCUUUGGAAACAGGAAGGAGUACGUGGAGAGAGCAAUUGAGUACAGACUCCAUGAAUUAGAUCAGCAGAUUGCAGCAGUCAGGCAAGGGAUGUCAGCCAUUGUCCCCGUGCCUCUUCUGUCUCUGCUCACAGAGAGACAACUGGAACAGCUGGUUUGUGGAAUGCCAGAGGUUAACGUGGACACCUUGAAGAAGGUUGUCCGCUACCGUGACAUUGUUGAAAACCACCAGCUUCUGAGUUGGCUCUGGCAAACGCUGCAGGAGUUCUCAAAUGAAGAGAGAGUGCUGUUUCUUCGCUUUGUAUCCGGGCGCUCCAGACUGCCAGCCAACCCUGCAGACAUCACCCAGAAGUUUCAAAUUAUUAAAGUGGACAGGCCAGUGGAUGGUCUUCCUACAGCGCAGACGUGCUUCUUCCAGCUCCGUCUGCCUCCUUACACAAGCCAGCAAGUCCUGGCUGAACGCUUGCGAUAUGCCAUACAGAACUGCCGAUCAAUCGACAUGGACAACUACAUGCUAUCCAGGAAUGCUGACACCGGGGAAGGUUCAGACACCGAAUAUUGACGGCUGACACCUUCAUUCAGUACCACCCUAACCCGCUGAAAGUCACAUUUUCAAUUAAAGGAAACUCAGGAGAUUAAAAAAAAUUGAGAACUGAGCAGCUUACACAUAGGAGAACGUUUUUUUUAAAAUUAACCUUUUCUACUUUGCAGGAUAAGCAUUUGCUACAUUACAAGUUUUACACCAAAAACAAUGCACCAGUGUUACUUUUUUAAAAAACCUGUUUGGUUUGACUUUGUACACGUCUGAAAAUCAGGAACACUCUGCAUCCUGUAAAUUGUAAAAUGUUUUUUUGAGUAGAAAGCAUGUUUGUAUGGUACAGUGAAGAGUAAGCGUAGCACUUUGAUUAAUUUAAGCAUCUUGUGUACAGAGCCAGAGUGGAUGAUUGCCAAACAGUAAUCUUAAUGAUGGAAGCUAAUGGUGAAUCUAAUUGUUUGGUACUAAAGUAAUCUCACACUACACUGAACAUUACAGUAUCUGAUUUCUGCUAAAAAGCAGUCACAGCAUUGUCUUCUGUGGCCGGUGGGUGUUCAUGUUUAAUGGUGAUUGAGGAAAAACGACAAUUAAAUAUUUGAAGGAAAAUUUGGUUUCUUAGCCCCAUGAAUUUAGCCUGUAAGAUUACACACAUUUCAGUGGAAAAGGACUAUUUGUCCCUUUCCAUUACUGAAUGUUUUCUCUGCUGAUUGCAACAGUAAUAUGCACAUCUUUUUCAUCAUGUAAGAUGUUUAGAGGUUGUUUUCUGUAUAGCUGUAAUGAUGAAUAUUAAAAGCAUACUUAAUACAA